AUGGCGGAUCGGUUCACCGAUGAUCAGAUCUCCGAGUUCCGGGGGGCUUUUGGCCUCCUCGACCAGGACGGCGAUGGUUACAUCACUACCAAGGACCUUGGGACUCUAAUGAGGACGUUUGGACAGGUCCCUACCGAGUCCGGGCUCCGGAACAUGUUUGACCAGGUCGACGCCAAUCACGAUGGCGCCAUCGAUUUCCAAGACUUCCUCAAGUUCAUGGCUCGAAGGAUGGAGGAGCUCAAGGAAGCUUUCCGGAGCUUCGACCUGGACGGGGAUGGCUUCAUAUCGGCGGAGCAGCUGCACCAGGUCCUAACAACUCUUUGGGGGCAGCUGACUGACGAGGAAGCUGAGGAAUUGAUCCACGCGGCUGACGUGGCUGACCACGGCAAGAUCAACUACGAGGAAUUCCUCAUGUUCAUGACGACCGACUGGCCGGCGGCGGCGGCGCCGUCUGGUCACUCAUGA